AUGUCUUUCGCAACUCGAUGCUGCCGAAGCGCUAUCCGCCUCUCCUCCUCAGCAUCUGCUCCUGUCCGGACUUCCUCUCAGAUCACCCGAUUGAACGCUAGCACAUCAUACAUCUCGCAGCGAAGAAGAUAUGAGUCCACGACCGCCGAACCAGCAGCACCAACCAGCGAAAAAAUCACUAAGAUCGUCGACCAAAUAAGCCAAUUGACACUCCUCGAGACCGCCGAUUUAGUUUCAAGCUUGAAGACUCGCCUUAACAUUCCCGACCUGCCCGUUGGCGGUUUCGCUGCCGCCGCUCCUGGAGGAGCCGCUGCUCCGGCUGCUGCCGCAGAGGAAGAAGAGGCUGCCCCAGCUGCUCAAGAAAAGACCCUGUUCAACCUCAAACUUGAGUCCUUUGAUGCUGCCUCCAAGGCCAAAAUUAUUAAGGAAGUCAAGUCCAUGCUUGGACUCUCCCUCGUGGAGAGUAAGAAGUUUGUCGAAAGCGUUCCCAAAGUUAUCAAGGAGUCCGUCCCCAAGGAGGAGGCCGAGAAGAUUGUUGCUUCUUUGAAGGCUCUGGGCGCUGUUGCCACCAUGGACUAA